GGUUCGAGCUUACUUGUGUCAUUUUGGAGAGUCAUUAUGACCAAAUCUGGGUCACUCCCACGACCCCAACUGACCAACAAGCUAAGACCUGGGCCAAGCGGAAGGUUGCAACCAAGCAACACAAAAUCGAUCGCGGUAGCAUCCAAAAACAAAACAAAAAUAGACAAAAGAGCAACUCGACAAUGGCGAGGGUAAAAUCUGUCAGCCACGCCAUGUCGCCCAAGGGCAGCAAAGGUAGCACUCCCCUUGCGAAAGUAUGUCUUGGUAUCAUGGGCAUUGUCAUGGUAAUCUUCUUUUUAUCCAUGGGAGGAGCGGAACAAGAAGCUACUAGUACCGCCAAUCUACGCAGUGGACAAGCCAUGGGACAGCAUCAUACCAAGACGGCAUCACCCAAACCCAUCGGCGAACGUCCCUCCAUUCCUCCUGGAAGUGGCGGAGGCAUGGACAGUGGCGUUCGUGGGGAUCAAGGGGAUUCGUGGUACGAUGGAAACGAUAAAACGUACACCAAAGCCGACGAAGCACAAAAUCUAGAAGAAACGUUGGAAGUAGCCAAGGGAGCCAUUGAAGAUGCCGAACAAGAAGAAAUCGAAAAGGCCGAAAAUGGAUUGCUAGGAAAAGCAAUCAAGAACAUGAAUAGUGUCAUCAAGAGCAGUAUCACCAAAUUGCUGGGAGAAGACGCCACAAAGGAAGAUGUCGAAGAAUUGACGGAAGAGGUCCAAGAAGCCCUCAAAAAUGCCACCAAUAUCGAACUGCAGGAACGAGCCGAUGAUAUUGCCCUGGAAGCAGAAGAAAAGAUUGAUACUGUUGUAGACGCUGGAGAAGAAACGGGGGAAGCUGCGGGAGAAAUUGAAGAGCAGGUCGCCUUGGAGACCCCCGACGAGUUGGUCCAAGUAAGACAAGGAGUCGAUAAUGCCGCCAUUAGCAUUCAACAGCAUUUGCAAGAACGGGCGGCGCAGUUGGAAAAAUCCAUUAUGGAAAAAACAUUAUCCGAGCGAUUGGGACGGCCCAUACAGUUGAAAAUCAUGGAUGGUGAUGUCGAAAUUGCACAAUCCGCGCCCGUCGUUCCAGGAGGAGCACCGCCACCCGGUUUUGGGCAGCAAGGAUUUGGCGCUCCACAAGGUGGAUUCCAGCAACAACCAUACAACCAACAACAGCCGUACAAUCCUCAACAAGGGUACGCCCCACAACAAGGUUUCAAUCCGCAACAACCAUACAAUCCAGGUUAUAAUCCGCAACAACAACCGUACAAUCCCCAGCAACAGUUCAACCCGCAACAACCGUAUAAUCCUCAACAACAACCGUUCAACCAGCAACAACCAUACAAUCCACAACAGGGCUAUAAUACCCAACAACAACAACAACCAUACAAUUCCUACAAUCCUCAGCAGCCAUACAACCCCAUAGGAGGUGCUGGAAGUGGGGGUGCGGCCAAGCCUUCUGGAUAUUCUGCUGGAAAUGGUAUGGGAGGAGGUUCCAAUAAUAGUUACCAACAGCAACAACCACAGCAACCAAUGGGAGGAAACAGCUUUGGCGCUCCUUCGGGCUACAGCAACCAACCCUUGGCAAAUUCUGCUGCUGCUGACGAGGGUGACACUGCUGCCGAUACAGAUGACAGCGCCGGUGAAACAGAUGAUCAGAUAGCGGAUAAUACCACUGAAGAGGCGAACGAAGCUGACGCCACAGAGGGCGAAGAAGGCGGUGUAGACGAAACUACAGGAGACGAAGCUGGCGGCGACGGAGAAGCAGAUGGCGGCGACGGAGAAGCAGAUGGCGGCGACGGAGAAGCAGAUGCUGAAGACAAACCCGAGGGAGACGGCGGCCAUGGCAAUUGGGGUGUAUAAUUCCACAGAAUUGAUAGUCCCUUUGAAAUGGAUAUUUGGAUUUCGGCAGCAGAAAAACAAUCUUCACUCUACGGCUCUCAGUGCACACCAACGCGUGAUCACAGCAUUCCACUCGGCAUCAAUCAAUCAUCAAUGGUUUCAUGUAUUUUGACCGGGAUAUACGGGUGUGUUGUCCCCUUCCUUCUUCUUGUUCAUGAUAAGUAUAAUAUUCACAAAGAAUAAAAAUAGAAUGCUGCGAACUACCCUCGGCGUUGCUACAGUCGUACCGAUUGGAUUCAGUAGGCCAGGUGGAAGAACCUGUAGUACCGUUGGAAGCCAACAGGUAGGUCCCUUAUCUUGGCAACAUUUU